UGCUGUGGAAAAGCAGUGGAUAAGGAUACGGAAGUGAGGUUGAAUUAUUUGGUGCAAAAAGACGUUUUUUAUUUAAAGUGCAGUGUGCAGUUAAAUAUCAUACACGUGUGAAAUGACAAAAAGAGAAUUAUUUCAGUGGCAUUGUGAAACACGAACGUAAUACUUUUUACGGUAACUGUUUAUUGUUAGUGGGCCAAAAGUUUACUUCAUGUGGGUGCUUUCACUAAAUUCUCAGCACUUGGUCAGACAAGACGUGUCCAUUAGGACUCUAAAAUCUCCUGAAAAAGAAAAAGUAAAAAGUGAUACCUCUUCCUAUCUUGUGGUGUGAAGUGAUCUAACAGUUUUCACUCAGAAAAUCUCCCGAGCAAAUAUCAAACCAGUUGAAACGGUACCGUUCGUGACAGUAAAAGUGUGUGAUGGAGUGCACCGAGGUGUGAAAAGCAAAUCAAUCCGAGCUUUCCAUUGGACCAGAAGAAAAAAGUAACGGUGAUUAAUUGCAUCAGAUCAAGAACAGCCGACCCAGUGAAGCCGGAGGUCUAAACAGUGGAUUAUGACUUCGUACUCUCCAUUCGAAAGCAGCAACCCGGAGGAAAUUUUCUAUUCAACCUAUGAGCCGUCGAAGGAAGAAAUACUCGAGUAUGCAGUCAAGAUUGGCAUCGAUCCAGAGAAGGAAACCAACCUGAUUUAUCUCGCCCGGCAAGGACUGCUACAUCCGCUGCCGGAAAACUGGAAACCCUGCUAUAGUAAACAGGUCAAGGCGUACUACUACUACGACCGGUACACUCGAAAAUCUCAGUGGGAGCACCCGAUAGACGUCCUGUAUCGACAGAAGGUUGCAGAUGCUCGGAAAGCCUUCUCGCAUGACCGGUCCGAUUCGACAUCGUUAGCAGAUUCGGGCUUUCGCAGCUUGAAAUCGGCCACCAGUAAUCUCAGUAAUAACAGCAGCGGUAGUGGAAGUGGUGGUAGUGGUAGCGCGUGUGAAGCCAAGACACCCGCUUCUGAGGUAGGUGCGGUGGUGGACGGUCUGGUUGGUGAAAUUGUGGGAGAUUCUUAUAAGCAGCACCGGGUAUGUGAUGGUUACACGGGUUCCAUUUCGGGAUCAGCUGAGUCCGAUCGGGAGAUUAGUGUCAAAAAGGCGAAUGAGACAAAGGAAGAAACAGAAAAAGACAAAGCAGCUGGCGUCGAAGAGAUUGAAGUAGGUGAGGAAGUUGGUACCGAGGACGACAGUAACGACUCUAACAAAGAGAAUAACAGUCAAAUGUUGAAGGAUGCAGAAAAAGUAUUGGUUGGUCGAGAAACGAUGGCUGCCGGACCGAGGAUUUCAUUUAAUUUAGGAUCGGGUAUGAGAGAUCGCUCAGAGAGCAGCAUGUCGAGAGGAUCAUUUCCCGGGUUUACUUUAACUGGAACGGGAUCGCAAUUCUUGAAAACCAAUAAGAAGCCAGAGCUUGACAGUCUAGAAUUCGGGAAGAAAGAUGAAGUGAAAGGUAUUCUGAGGGACUCUAGUUUAACUUUCGUGAGAAAUAAAGGAACCCCUAAUGAAGAUUCUUCCGAAGAUAGGAAGAGUGUUCGGUUCGACAUAGAUUUGAAUGCAGAGCUAAAAUCUUUUAAUAAAUUGGAAGCGGUAAGAGAUGACUCGUUAAUAAAUUUUGAUGAAAUUGUGGAAGGAUCUGAUAAUGAUGUAGAAGUCGAAGAAGAAGCAGUGGAGAGUUUGGAUAAAAAGUCUUCAAGUUCAACUGAAACUUCAGAUGAGGAUUCGAAUGGCAGUGAGGAAGCGGACAGUAAAGCUGAGAUAGCGCGAAGAUUUUCUAUUGAUCGCGCCAAUGACGACUCAAUUCGACUGCUGAAGGAUUCUAUUGUUGAUGAAAAGGCUAGAUUCAAAUCUAAAUUAGAGGACGAAUUAAGAAACCUUAGAGUAGUGGAAGAAGCCAAUAAUAAAAUCGAAUUAGCUAAGGAGCGACGGCAGUUUGAAGAACAAUUAGUCAAAGAGAAAGAUAAACUGAAGGAUCAGCAUCAGAAAAACAUCGAAGAGAUCAAAGAAUUUUAUCAGGUUAAACUGAACGAGAUGAAGUCUGAUUACGAAGAAGAAAAUGAAAAGGAAUACAGAGUAUAUCAAGAAACUCUUCAGGAAGAGUUCGACCGAAGAGUUAAGGAAGUGACUGAUGCGCACAGGUCCACGAUGGCUACUUUGCAGAAAAAUCACGAUGAAAUCGUGGAAGAGUUGGAGCGCGAUUUAAAAACGGAAGAAGAGUUGCUGAAAAAGGAGCAUGGUACUAAUCUGACGGAGAUGAAGAUCAAGUUAGCACACGAAUUGGAUGUUGAGCGACAACGUAUGAGAGAAACGGGCGAAGAUCGACUGUAUGAGAAGAUACGCUGCGAAAAGCGGCUUCUUGAAGACAAGUACAAAUGUUUGAAGGAAAAGUAUACUAGACUCAAGACCGACGUGCGGAUUUCUCUGGAAAGGCGAAAGAAGCGCAGAGAACAGCAGCAGCACAGCUUGUUAAGCAAUAGUUACGAAACCGAUGAUCGCACUAAUUCGCGACCAACUCCUCAUUACCCCUAUGAUGGUAAAUCGUCUACUCCCGGACAGAAUUCGGUUAUGAUGAAUUCGGAGAAAUCCUCCAUAAGUACGCCACCACCAUCGGCUGCUUCUAAGCGAUUUCCUAUAAAAAAUAACUACACAAUGGAUAAUAAAAACAAACUGCUGCACUACAAUGGAAACGGACACCAUCCGGUAGCCUCUUCGGCUCCACCUGAGCCGCGAAAACCAUUUAUCCUCAACAACAAUCGUCUUCAGAAUAUGGAUGACACCAGUCAGAGUGAAACGACAUAUUCCAAGAAUUACUUCCAAAUUCGUAACAUCUUUGCCAAUGUUCGUGACGAAAAUUGUAGCUCAGAUUCAGAAUUUGAUAAAAACCAUGAGAAGAACAGCGUCCCUAUGAGUCGACAGAAGCGCAAGCUUUUCACUAAAACCAAAUCCGCCUCAACUUCAAAGCUGAACUCAUCCAAGCACGAACGGGAACGGCCGUGCACACCGGUCGAGAAUCUAAGAAUUCAACUUAAGAAGCUAGAAGAGCUGGAAGAUCAGAUUCCAGAAUGCAACAUGGACACACCUUAUCACCUACGCUAUCCGUUUAGCGACUUGGAAAAUAAUGGCGGCAGUUCCGAGUUGGACUUCUUUAAGCAUCGCAUACUACUCGAGCGGGACUCGGUUUUGCGUGCGAAGGAGUCACUGCGCACCCAGAAGAACCUUUUCAAGUCCAAGCAAAGGGAUAUCUCGAUCAAGCACACGAUGAAGAAUAAACACUCGAUGGAUCAGAUCUUCAAUGAGGAGAAAGAGCUGACCGAAAUGGAGGUAUCACUGCAUCGUACUCGGGCUCUGUUAGGUGAAAAGGUUAUUCGGUUGCGUCAUCUGGAACGGUCGUUGCAGAAACUGUCGGAAAAGGAACGUCCGACUUUGUCAGAGAAUAUAGAAAUCAAUAUGAAGCCAAAAGAAACGUUGAGUGACUUGUCGUCCUAUUCAAGUUCUGGUUUUAGUAGUACUGAUGUGCCUACGGAUCAUGGAAAUAUCCGCCAUCCGUUCGUUGCAAAAGAGUCUAAUGAGACUCUAAAAUAUUUGGAGCAUCUUCAUAGCGAAAUUGCGGAUAUCUGGAAUAUUUUAAAUCCAACGCAUCAAGCCAGUGGUUACGAAGAGCUGGAUUACCUGAACAAUCCUUCUCAGCACUUUUGCGAUAUGGUCAUGUCGCCGAAGCAGGGUGUAGUUCCAAGCUUGGGAACUGCAACGUCACAUCAGCUGAUUCAGCAGAAACAGCAACAACAGCACCACUAUACUGUGAAUCUGCUGGAGAAAACGCGAGAUCUGAAAAAUUGGCUACGACAAGCCAAGUCUGAGCAUGAACUGCUUAAGAAGAAAUCCUUCGGGUAAGAGCGAGAACGGGUUCGCAUUGCCUGAACUGAGGAACAUACGAAGAACGCAUGUGAAAAAUAUGUUUUUCUAGAUUGGAUUUUAGGUACAAUAAUUACAAACAGAUUUCGGUUCUACUUCAAGCGCUGGGAUUCAAUCAUCUAAUAAUUCAGUUUUUUAAAUAACUGUGUGUAGUUUACUCGGAAAGUCAUUAUACUGUGAUAGCGAAAAAGGGCUAAGUUAGUAACGCUUGUUCGUUCUUGCUUGUAUACCAAUUGUUGUGAAAUUUGGUCAAUUUGGCCACCAAGUCAAUGUGGAUGCUAUUAAUGCUAGAUGUUAGAAUAAUCGCACAGUCUACUUUUUCAUCUUAUCCAGACUAGAAGUUAAAAAUAGCUCCACUGGUGCUAAUAUUAAAGCAAACAAUCCUACCUACCGCUUGCUAGAUUAUACAUAGAUAAAAUAGUAUAGUGCCCCCCCCCCACACUUGCGGGUGAUACCAUUGUGAUUUGAACAAAGUCGCAUUCGACUUACGAUUCGCGAGGUGUACUGAAGUCUUAAGCUCACGCAAGUCUCCGCUAUACAAUUUCAGCACGAGAGCAGAACAGUUGUUUUAUAGCGGUAAGCUUGAAUCUAGUUGGUACCGCCACACGGUACUAUCUUUGAUUUUGGGCCCGAGUUUAGUCCGGCCUAAGACGUUAGUACCUGUCAUUACAGAAAUGGCUGCAUCCUGAAGCCAAAUGAAAACAGUGUAAAAGGCCGCCAUGUUCCUCUUGCAUACAUCUCAAUAAUUUGAAUCAACUUUUCGAACUUUAUGUGCAAUAUUAUGGCCCAUGUUGCACAAAAAUCAUAUGAGUGCAUGUAAGCAAGUUUUAUCCCGUACGAAAAACAGGUGUAAUCGAAUUUUAAAUGAUUUUUUUUAAAUAUUCUUUAUCGUCCUAUAUCUAGAAGGUGCUACACGCUCAUUUCAAAAUGCCACAUCGAAGAGUUAUAUUGUAGGUUAGCAGAAGUCGAAUCAUAUUGAAAAAAAACUGUCGAACGAAAUUUUAUAAUUGGAUUCAGAGAUGAAAAUUGUUUUCGUUCGUUAGUUUACCUAUGGAUAUCAAAGUGAGUGAAGUUUAAUUUGCUCACAUUUUUUAGUUAUUUUUACACGAGGAAAAGAAUAUAUAAUCACAAUUUGUUCCCUUUUCUAGGUUUAUCAUCUCUCAAAGACCACCAUAAGCAAGUGGAAGUUUAUUUAUAUUUUUACUGCUUUCGAAAGAGUUCAAAACUAAGAUUGAAUAAAAAACUGUAAAUGAAGCCAUGCCAUAUAGCCUAAGUAACACUUUUAAAUAUGACGGCAAACAAACUGUUACAAAUAUUAUCAUUUUGAUCGUUAUUUAAAUGUUAUCGGAGCUUAUUUGUAUUGUUUCGUAAUUUAUAAUUUUCUAGCAUAUCUUGAACGAUUUGCAUUUCCGCUGUAGUACAAAUUUUCGUUUAAUUCUUUAUGAUAGAACAGAUAUGCACAGGGUAUGAAAGAGCUGUGAAAGCUGAGACUAGACAGAUGACUUGGCAAAAUUACGCAAAAAGUUGAAUGCGGAAAAAUCGCUUAAAUCGUGUCGGAACUUAAGGGGGGUUGUGUAAGGUAUAAUCGGCAAAAAAUUGGAUACAUUAAUUUUUUUCGAUGCAAAGAUUGUCUUUUCAGUCUGACGCCACAUCGAAAACUGUACACCAUAACUCAAAAUCUACUGGACCAAACGUUGAGACAUUUGCACAGUUGUUUUUCACAGCAUUUCACAAGUAGUCAAGGGAGCUUUUAUUUUUUGGUCGAUUUUCGAUUUUUUCGUAGUACUUUGAAACCAAAGUCCGAUUAUUGCUAUAACAACGAUUAACAUGUUAGUGUAAAGUAAUAAUAUUUAGCAGUUUGCAAAAAGCUCUUGUAGUUGCCUGGGCAAUGAUGUGAAGAAGAAGAAGAACUGUGCAAAAUUCAGAACGAUUGGUCCAAGAAAAUUUGUCUGCAUCCAGGUUCAAUUUGUAAAUUUAUAAUUGUCAAUUCAUUAUCAGACAGAUGGCAGUCUAUAGGAAAUAACUAAUUAUAAUUUUUAUUAAUUAAAAUUACUGGAUUUUUGGUAUUUCAGGCUUGAUUGGGUAGUCGUGCUGAUAAUUUGAAUUACUUCAUUUUCAGCAAAGUAGGUCUGCCAAAUUCUAUAUGCAUGGUUAGUAGACUAGUUGGGUAGGAUGGUAUAAUAAGCCCCACCAGGCUAAAAUUUCAGAUUUGCAUUCCAUGGACGACAUAAUUAUCUGAAGCAAAUAAAUAAUUUUUCUGGCAUUUUUCAUGUGUUGCAGAACAGCAACUGAUACAAACUUUUCAAAAGAUGUAAGCUUCCACUCUUUUUCUAUAAGCAUUUGAAUUAAUUUGGAACAGUCAGAUUUGGCUGAACUGACUACUAAGUGUAAUGUUAGAGAAGCUCUUCAAGCCCUUGGAGUGGCUAGCGCCUAACAUUACAACUCUAUAACGAUCUCGAUAGUAUGCACCAUUAUUAGCAAAAUAACGUUUUAGUCAAUUAUGGAUCUUAAAUAAUAAAUUGUUUAAGCGGUUACUCCACUGUAAAAUUUUAAAACAAUCGAUUUUUUAUUUAUUAGUCUAAAAUGUGCUUUAGGAUGUAAAAUAUGAUAUCCCAAAACAUGGAGAACGAAAACAAUUCAAAAAUAUACAAAUCUCGACAAACAUAUGAUUACGGCGUAUAAGCCAACUGUCAAAAUUCACUUUGAGAGGAAAUUCUGGACAAACCGUUACUCACCAAGCACAAACGUUGGUAGUAAACGCAAGAGAAAAGUUUUCUCUUUCAUUAAUUGAUGUGAACUGUAUUCAGCCAGUAACGGUUUGUCCGGAAUUUCCUUUCAAAGAGAAUUUUGACAGUUGGCUUUUACGCCGUAAUCAUACGUUUGUCGAGAAAUUUUCAAUUUUGCAACGCUUCUUAUGUAUAACCCAUGUGUACUGCAAACUUUACCCGCGUUUUUCUCGAAACCACUGGCCGGAAAUGUAACUCGAACAAAUGAUUUUUGGUCGCUUUGAAAUUUUCACAGUAUAUUCAAACUUGAUUUCUCCAGUCACGUACGCAGGAUUAAAUUUUUUAUUGCUUACCUUUUUAUUGAUUUUGUGUAGAUUUUUAUGAUAUUUUCUACGUUUUAUCACUCAAAACUGCGCCAUUUCGCUUAAAAUCAAAAUAUCGAAAAAAUCCUACGUACAUCGCUAUUGACAUAAGGAAUCAGAAAAACUUUAGUUUUUGGCGCUAGGUAAAAAAUCACGGGAGAUAGAUUUCCGACCAUGGACCCCUUCCAAAAAACGCUCAUGAGGUGAAAAUGCUGCAGAGCCGCCAUCUUGUGAUGAAAUUGCUCGAAAAAAAUAUUUUAUUUGAUAUAAUACUUAUGUUAUAAAUCCCAUUCAACAAGAUGUCGAUUCACCAUUUUAUUAAGCAAUAAAAAAAUUCUCGAAAUAUUUAGACUAUUGAAUAGCAUUAACAGUGAAUUUUAAAUUAACUUUAUUGUACAGAUUUUUAACAUAGCCGUGUAUUGCUGAUCAGAACGCAGCAAUGCAAAUGGCAGCAUCAUGUUACCGUAAGAAGACAAAAUAUGCAAAAAUUUGUCAUGCUUCUCCUGCACACAUUUCGUUAUUUUCAAUCCUCUCUUCGGCUUUCUUCUGGAUAAAUAUGGCUCCCUUUGCUCGCAAUAAAGAUGGAAAUAAAUAAGCCAGUUUAUCAGGUAGGAAAGACAAGCACUGUCGAACUACACUAAUAAAGUAAAAUACCAAGUAAUGCGUCGAAAACUACGCAUUUUCAAUAAAAGUGGAAUAACCCAUUAAGUGGGUAAAGAGUUUGUAUCCAUAAAUGAAUACAGCUCUUGUACGUCAACCUGGGUAUGCUUUACCCUUUAUUUUUCGCAGAACUGUUACAACAAAACGCGUGAAAAAUAUCCAUUCAUGAAAAUCGCGCCAGAAUGAAAAAUACUGUCAAUAGAAUUAUUUCUGAAUUAAAAAAACAUAAAAUAACAUUCAUUUCACAUUAUUGUCUCCUUAACUACUUAACAAAAUAAAACUGCCAACUGGAUAUAUUUUUGGUGGCUGGAUCUUUUGGCUGCUCUAAAAAUGCCAAACUUGCGCAUAUUUGCAACAUCCUCAGUAGUUUAAACAACCGUUUUUACGAGCAUUGCCGAAAUGUUCCGUUUCCGCCACGUACUCAGAUGCAGGCCGGUAAUUUGCAGGUUCCGCUACGAACCUUAGUUUGCAGGUAAACUCGCUUAAAAUUUUUUUUAAUGACUUUUCACUCAUUAUUAAGAUCAGUAUAUCCAUUGACAUUAUCUCAUCGAGUAGUUGUGAAAUGAAUAAAAAGCACCCAUUGUUAGAAGCAAAAAAUACCCAUUUUUUGACAGCUCGAAUAACUUCCGAAAAUGGGCAAUUUGAAUACUUAAAAUGGGUAAAGUUUUUUUACCGUGUUUAUCUACCCGCAUUUUUUAUUUCCUCGUUCUUUCCUUCUCUCUACACGCUUGAUUCCAAUUGCACAUCAAAGGGUUACAGUAUAAAUUGAUAAAUUGAGAUCAAUUCAGAUCAAAGUUGUUUUUGUGAAUUAGAAGCAGAACUACAAUAGGAAUUGUUUUGAUUCUUUUCUUUUUGCUUAUCGCUAAGAGAAUAAGCGGGACCAUUUAAUUCGUUAAUAUAAAUCGAUAACAUAUUUUCACGAAUUAUUGCCCAUAUAUCUAUUGUAUCAAACAUAAAAAAAAGUAAAUAACGGAAGAAAAUUAUUGUUUUAGGGGAUAGAUCCAAACAAAUGACAAUUGGAUAUAGAUCGUAAAAUGCAAUAUUUUAUGAAUUUUCCUACACUCGUGGUUAGCAAAUUGAAUCAGAAUGUUAACAGCUUAGAAAUUAGCUCCACAAAUACUCUAAGCUAAGAGUAAAUAAUUGAUAUUAAAUAUGUGCAAUGUUCCAAUAAGAAUAAAAUCACAUGAAACAUCUGAACACAAAAUAUUUUGAGAUUUAUUGUGAACACAACGGUGAUCAAUAUAUUUAUUUCGAUUUUUGGCAUAUGCAUCAAUAGUUCUGAACAUCCGGUACAUUAUUCCAAAACCUUGCUUGAACCGCGAAUCAGAAAAGAAUACGACAUAAAUAUGGAAUACGUCAUAUUAAAAUAUUAAUUAACUCUAUAUAAAUAAUUAAACAGGUAUAAGAUUCUGUCAGUUGUUGUAAUGAUCAUAAGUUAGUUUGAAGCAAAAUUGCGUAUAAACGGCACAAAUAGUUACAGGGUGUUGGUAAAAAUAUAUUGCUAGGAUGUUUUAAACUCUCAUUUAUGUUUUAAUGUACUUAUUAUUUUAUUCAUAAAAUCAUAGAAAUUUUGUUAGCAAAUAAAAUCGUUCCAAUUUGCAUUGAUGCAUUAUAGAAAUAUAUCUAUAUUCUAUCUGCCAAAAAAAUAAAUAUAACGCUCGUGAAUAUAAAUGAUCAUUCUGUCAAAGUUUAAUUUUUUGUUUGAUCUUUGUUUACUUUUUAUUUAAACCUCGCUGAAAAACGUGUAUAAUUUUAAUUCGCAGGCCUUCAUUGAUAAUUGAUCUUUAUUUCAAACUUGUGAAAAUUCACUAGAAACGAAAAUAAAUGUGAAAAAAACGAAAUUAGAAUGACACUCACGGUUCAUUUUAAAUUCAAAUUGAAAUAUUUUAACCAAUUUUUUAAUCAAAGUUUGAAAUCUCGACAAACAUAUAAUUCCGGCUUUAAAGCCAACUGUCAAAAUUCUCUUUGAAAGGAAAUUCCGGACAAACCGUUACUCGCCAAUCACAGAUAUUGGCAGUAAACAAAAGAGAAAAAUGUUCUCUUCCAUUAACUGCUAUGAACUGUGUUUAUCCAGCGACGGUUUGUCUGGAAUUUCCUUUCAAAAAGAAUUUUGACAGUUUUUAACCAGUAAUCAUAUUUUUGUCGAAAAAUAACUAUCAUGGCACCAAUUACAACCGAUGGUUUAGCCACCUCUAACUCGACGAGCGCCUAUUCAAGCUGAAUAAAAACAUGCAUAUGUAUAUCAAUUUAUUUUCUUUUGUGCAUAUUAUGUCACUACAAAGUACUGUACAUCAUCGGCCAACUUUCAACUAUCCAACACGUUAAAGUUCUAUGUUCAGAAACAUAUCGGCAACAAGUUGACAAAAUUGUUCUCAAACCCUAUGGAACGAUAUAUUUGACGAAGAAAAGCUAUUUUACUGCAAGAAAAUGAAUUUACUCAUUUUCUUUAGCUUGAAUUUGUUGUUUUUUAACAUUGACGUGUAACGCAGAUCAGAACGCAGCCAUAUAAAUGACAGCAUCGUUUGAUUAAAGCUUACCAAAUAUCUUAGGCCGGUUUAAAAGUUAGUCCGGUUUAAAAACAGUUAGUACGGCUUUGUGCUUACGGCUAUUAAUGUUCAAUAAGUUGAAUAAGUUUCAUUAGUCAGCAUAACAUGGAACAUUUCGUCGAACAUCGAACAACGUUAGAAUAACGUUAGAUUCAGGUAUAUAUCGGGAUGACACAAUCGAAGUAUGACUACACGAGCUGGCACCGUGUACUUCGAUAAGAAUACAGCAACUAUCAACUCUCCGUAUAGGAGAGGUAGAACCCGUUACAAAUUAUUCUUGGAGAAAAUUCUUCCCAGGUAUUACUAACGUAAUUCGUGUGGGAAGGUAUUACGGAUCGGCAUUUCAAAUCGUAUUUCCAACAGGAAAUCGCUUACAACAAGCAUCAUAAAUAUUCGCGAAGCCUAGCGUUUGAAACAAUAACCAUCUACUGAUAAAUCCUAGCUGCUAGGUUCGUACCCUUUGUGAAUUUGUGAUCAAUUCUAAAUCACAACGACCGGUUAUCAAAGUAGUUACAGAGAUUCUGGCGAUGGUCUGUAGCGCAACGCUAUUUCGGAAAACACCUCUUUCCAAAGUUAUAUUGCUUGGCAAUUAACCUGACAAAUCGAAGUCUUCUUCUUUGUGAGGUAAAGCCCAGAAGUAUGUUGAUAAACAUAGUUCGUUCGCGACCCUGUCUAGCAAACAAUUUCAACAUCAAAGUGAAAGCAUGCUCCCCUUUUGGACUUUCACAACCACCUUAAAAGUAGGAAUACCGUUUGAUAUGCUGGAGGCCCAAGUAACAAUUGAAGUGUCAUAGCACGCUACAAGUGCAAUCUAAGUUUUAUUAGUGGUCAUAAAACUAUCAUAAAACCUCAAUUGUUACUAGGGAGGAGUGACUGAAUUGUAUUAAAUUUAGAUGGAUAAGUUAGAGCAAUUUUUAUAAGUAGUAGUAGAGUUGGGCAUUUUAACGAAAUUAUUAAAUUUAGCAGUUAAAAUUGAAAAAUACAUAAAGGGCAAAUAUGCUUCGGGAAGGUAUUCAGGAGGGGAUAAGUUCGUACAUCUAGGUAUCAGAGAUAUGAAAGAGAGGGUGAUGCUAGGGAGAAUAAAAACAUUAACUGCCGGCUUCAGGUAAACGGGAGAACAACGACAGCGAGUAGACUCGGACGGCCUUCAUCAGGAAACAUCACGAACUGAGACGCCACAUGAUCCUCUUCGGAGCAGCACGGAUUCCUCCAGAAAGUAGUACGGCUCAGCUGCGAAUUAGCAACACACUGAGUUGCGCCUGUGAUAUUGGUGCUGCAAGUCUCGUCUUUGUUAACUUAUCGAUAGAGAUGUUUCUUGUCCCUUUGAAAUCGCAUCAAACUACCGAUAAUGUACUAUAAUAGACGCAAGUGGGAAUGAUAAGAAAAAACGAAAAUAGGCAGUUAAAUCAGUAUAUUGAUGAUUUUUAGGAGAGAGAUCUCGACUUCCCAAUACAUCCCGAACCGGGACAUUAGGUUAUUUUCCUCGGACCCGAAAUGAAUUCAAUAGCUGAGAUCUGGCGAAACAAUGCUCGGCGCAUGCCCAGACAAUGUGUUCGAUAUCGUGAUAACCGUCGCCACAAGCGCAGAUACCGCUAUUCGCGAGCCCAAUACGGCGAAGAUGAGCGUCUAGUGUGUAGUGAUUGGACAUGAGCCGAGACAUCACACGAAUGAAUCCCGACCCACCGUCAUUCCCCUGAACCAAGGUUUCGUUGACAACUUCUGGAUAAUAGAAUGUAGCCACCGUCCUAACUCUCCAUUGCUCUACUUUAUGUACCAACUUUCUAGUGUUGUCACCUUGUAAGAUGCUGUCCAAAAUGAUAAAGUCGGUGUAAAACAUCUUGCAAGUUGGUGUCAAACAUCUUGCAGUCGACUUCUCGAAAUUUUCUAAUAAAAAAUAUUUGGGAUCAUUUGCGGACGUAGACUUGAACCAAUCCCGAGAUAUUUGAAUGUUACAAACUAAGUAAUACUUUGAUCCACUAGUUGAAGCUCUAGCUGCGCUGCUUCACGCUUCCUUGAAAAUACGGCUAGCUCCGUGGGGAUUUCGAUACUCAGCUGGAGAGCCCAAGCAGACAAAUUGUCCAUGGUAUCAUUGCAUCCUUGUAAAUCGACAGCUUUGGGGUUUGUAACAGAGACCGCGCCGUCAUCAGCAAGCUGCCUUAGCGUCAUUCUCGUAAAAAUUGUAGAGAUUUGGGCUUAGAGAUGAGGUCUGAGGAAGGCCCAUGUAGCUAGAUCGUGAUCAAUUAAUUAAAUCGAUAAAUAUAAUUAAAUUCGGCAAAACACCAUUCUGGUGCAGCUGCUCAGAAAGCAUGUUGAUAGAAACUGAAUCAAAAGCCCCAUUAAUAUCCAUGAAAACAGUUGCCAUCUGCUUCUUGCUAGCAUAGGCCAUUUGAAUUUCUGUUAAGAGCAACGCAAGGCAAGCGUUCGUCCCUUUGCCUUUGCGGAAGCCAAAUUGUGUAUCUGACUUUAAACCAUUUGCUUCGACCCAAUUGUCAAGGCGAAAUAGGUUAAUUAUCUUGAAGAUACAGGGCAGUAGUGCAAUCAGUUGAAACGUGUUGUGGUCGGAGGCUGGUUUGCCUGGUUUUUGGAUGGCGAUAACAUGAACUUAUCUCCAAUCGUGGUUAUCCUCAAGAAACUUAUUAAACCAAUUAAAUAAGCGUCUCUUGCAAGAGUUUAGCAGGAUCUUCAACAUGUUGAAACCGAUUCUCUCUGGCCUGAUACAAGUGAAUACUCCACCAUCGUAAAUACCAAGUUCAUAAAAAAAGUUUGAGCUGUAUAUAAUUUUAUAUAUUCGUAGCUAACUGUUACUAAUAAAAGUUGGGUAUUUUCGGAAUGGGGUUAACGAGUUUAUGACGGCAAUCAAUGUCUUGAGCCAUUUUGUAAUCCAAGAUGGCGACUUUCGGUUUCGAUCAAUUCUCUAUAACCUCAACAAUAUGGGUAUUUCGUCGCUGUUUUGCUAUCUUAGGACAAACGCCAUUUUGGGGUAAACUGAGUUGGAUAUGCCACAUCACAUGUCUAAAAAUUCUCUACAAAGUGGCGUUUUCAGAAUUUUAACAUUUUGCUUGAUUACUGAGAUAUAGCGAAAACGUGCUGCGAGAUUUUAUAAUUUUUGCUUCGAAUGACCGUGCCUGGGGAUUGGCUCAAGUUAUCUUGAAGUAUAAGAUGUUUUUAUGUGUAAAACUAUCUGAGGAACACAAUGGCACAUUUUUAAAACAAAAAUACACGAAUUGAAAGAAAAAUGCAAUUUAAGUUUUAAACUGGAAAUAUAGCAUAUUUGGCAACACUGUAACCAAAAAUAACUAUUUUUUCUAGAUUCACUGACUCAUUUCCUUCAAAAUGCAUCUCACCGAUUGUCUAUAGACCAAAUGAAACCAAAGAUAUGAAUAAAAGUUAAUAAUUAAUGAUUUUUUUCUAUGGAAAAUUUUCCAUGCACGAUUGUGUCAAGCAAUACAAAUUUUGUCAUCAAUACACACCUAUGCCACGUGUGAGUGCGACUUUUGUUUACAUUUAUAGUAAAAACUCGCAACAUAGUCAACCGAUCUUUGUAAUAUUUGAGAGAUUAAUACAGAAUAGAUAGAAGCAUCUUUGAAUUGUUUAUACCAUUUAUAAGUUUCAAGAUAUUCAAUCUCAAACUUUAAAAAUCGUUUUUCUCAAAAUGUGCAAAAUGGCGCUUAUUAUAAGAUAGCAAACCGGCGACGAUUUGUAGAAUGGGGUUGACGAGUGCAUGGCAGAAAUCGAUUUCUUGAGCCAUUUUGUAAUCCAAGAUACUGACUUCCGGUUUAGAUAAAUUCUCAAUUACCUGAACAAUAUGUGUAUUUUUGGCAUGGGGUUGACGAGUUCAUAACGGAAAUCGAUGUAUUGAGCCAUUUUGUAAUCCAAGAUGGCGACUUCCGGUUUAGUUAAAUUUUCUAGAACAAUAUGUGUGUUUCCGGCACGGGUUUGACUAGUACACGACGAAAAUCGUUAUCUGUUGCUCUUUUGAAUCCAAAGAUGGGGAGCUCCGGUUUAAAUUUCCGUAUUGUAAGGGUUAUCCAAUUGGCCUUUUUCAUCAUCUACUUUUCAAGCCCGUUCCAAAAAUACCACUAUUGUUAGGGUUAUCGAGAACAUUGCUCAACCAACGAAUUUUAAUAAGAAUGUGAAGCAAACUUUUUUUACGAACUAAAUGCCAAAUAACGAACAAUUUUUUACGAACUAAUUCAAUUUACGAACCCCCGAUUUGGUUCGUAAACGGAGGUUACAGUGUACCUUUUACAACCGGUGUUUACGAAACAUUAUGGACCUAGUUCUUGAGAAGUGCUUUAUUAGCUACCGCUGUACGAAAGCCAUGUUUAGUUUUAACUACAACAUAGUUGGAACUAUGCUGCAACGCGUUGACCACGUGAAUCAUUCUAGAAGCAAGGCUAACAAACACCUGUCACUUCUCAGCGACCAGUGACAAUGCCAAUCGUUGAGUUUUAUGUUCAAAGAUUCCAACGAAUUCCGGGAUACUUUGUGUUUCAAGGCUUUAUAUUACUUACCUGUGCGCUUUCAAUUGAAAUUUUCAAGCGUUGUCUGAUACCCUAGCCAUGCAACGGUGAGCCAAAUAAUUGAAACUAUCCAGCGUAGAUUCAUACAAUAGUAAGACCCCGAAGCACAUACAUAUGGGUCAUUCCACGCGAAGUCAUCAAGGCACGUGUAAUCGACCUUCACGGAUUUGAACCAAAUUUGGAGGAAUUGUUCAUCUAGGGUCAAUAUAUAAAAACAAUCUGCCAAAACCCUUGAUUUUCUUUUCAUCAUAUCUCCGGUUCUAUUUACUCUGGAAUCAAACCGCAAGAUGGUUUUUGAAGAAAAUUGUUCAAGGAGUCUAGAAAUAAUAUUAAUUUUUGGCGGCAGUGCUGCCAACUAUGCAACUUUUUUAGUUAAAUAUUUAAAGUUAAAUUUCCUUCCAAUACAUAUAUUUUAAUUUUGAAAAUUAUAAUGCCAUCGUGUUCCUCAGACAUUUUUGCAUAAAAACACUUAUAAUCUCAAUAUAAUUAUAUAUGAUCCUGUUUUGAAGCAAAAAGUCGCAAUUUCCCAUAUAAAAUAACAAGCGCACAACAAUAAAAAAACCAACUUGAGUGUUCUGAGUUCCCAUAUAAUUUAUCGUAAAGUAGACGAGAAAUUAUGAAAAACUACAAUUUUGGUUUGCUCCUAGAUCAGGGUCGAUUUUUAUGAACAUUUGAAGAUUUUCUCAAUUUUUACCAAAAAAUGGAUUUUUAUAUGAGCAAAUGCGACUUUUGUAUUCAAAACAGUGUAUCUCAGGACGCGCUAAAAUUAUGUUGAGAUUAUAAGUGUUUUUUUAUGUAAAAAUGUCUGAGGAACAAGAUGGUAUUACAAUUUUUAAAAUUUAAAUAUAUGUAUUGCGAUAAAAGUUUACUUACCCGGAGAUAUAAUCAAAAGAAAAUCAAGGGUUUUGGCAAUUUGUCAAAACGGGGGGUGCUCCCAUCACCCGAGGGGUGGUUCGAUUGACACAAAAAUUUGAUUUUUGCCUUUUCUCAAUAGAAAGGUAUUGCAAUUGCUCUGAAAAUCGACUGUUUAACGGAGGCCCGGAGGGCCGAGUGACAUAUACCAUUCGAUUCAGUUCGUCGAGUUCGGCAAAUGUCUGUGUGUGUAUGUAUGUGUGUAUGUGCGUCUGUGUGUGUACGCGAACACAAUCUCACUCACUUUUCUCAGAGAUGGCUGAACCGAUUUUCACAAACUUAGUCCCAAAUGAAAGGUGCAACGUUCCCAUAGGCUGCUAUUGAAUUUUCAAUGGAUCCGACUUCCGGCUCCGGAAUUACAGGGUGAUGAGUACGAUCACGCAGAAAAUGUCGAUUUUAAUAAAUUCUGCAAUGAAUGUAUAAUGGUGAAAAUUUUUCCAAAAUGUGACCACAACUGCUUCGAUUUGUCACUAACAGCCAUUCAAAGUCUCUUUGGUCACAUUGGCCACCAUCAUUGGUUCCGGAAGCCCCGGCGGAAGUAUCCAAAUUCAGAAUAACAGUCAAAUCGGUUUCUCGGAGAUGGCUAGAUCGAAUCAACCAAACUUAGUCUCAAAUGAAAGAUGUUGCGUCCCCGUAAAUGGCUAUUAAAUUUUAUCCCCAACCGACUUCCGGUUCCGGAGUAACAGGUUGUGGCGUGCGAUCACAUAGCAAAUUGUGAUUCAAACCGAUACUCCGAUGAAAGCAAAAAAGGUAAAAAUUUCGCUAAAAUGUCUCUCAAACAACUUAAAUUUGCAGAUCUAGGUCACCGACGGCCAAACGAACUUUCGUUGACUACAUUGACCACCAUAGACGGUUCCGGAAGUACCCGGGAAAAGCGGCCAUCUUUCAAAACUAGCAAACUGAUAUCCAAGGAUGCAAAAUGCCUACCUUUUCUGCGGAUUUAAUUUUUCUGCCUACAUUCUCAUUUCUCUUUUGACGAAUUAUGGAGGUUUUUUGUUAAUAGUUUUUAUUUUAUUAAUUGGGGCACUGUUACCAUGCAUGAAUGAAUACAUGGAAACAUCUCUUUUCUGUAAUACGCUGCCACUUGGUGCGGGCUCGAUGUUAGGAUUCCUACAUUUUUUGCCUUCGACUCACCUUUACGAAAUAAGUUCGUGUCCCUUAGAGGUAUUUUUUAUUUUCUUUUAACAAUAUUUUUACAGGAGGGCUGCGUUUGUAAGUAUUAGUUAUUAGUACUAGUAAUACUGAUAUAUAUAACUCCCAAUUUAUACAUUAAUUAUAUCUUUCGCCUUUUCUAAUCUCCGUCAUCUAUGGAAACAGUUUCGGUUCCGAGCGUUUUCAUUAAGUAGAUGAUAGGACAAUUAUGAAAUUAAAACGCUUGUAAGGACGUGGCCAGGUGUGUGGAAAUGAUCGGGUCUACGUCAUUGCGGUUUGUGGCGAAAACUAAUAUGACAAUGGAUAUGUUCAUUUCUGCAACUCCAUCUACGAUUUGUGCAGGUGUUCGUGCUACAUUCUCAUUUCUCUGACGCUGCUGUCGUUCGCUAUUGCAGGACGCCUAGCCCUGUGCGGCAGUCUGUAAGCAAAGCAGUAACAUGACAAAGAAAUACUGCCCCAGUACAGCCACCAGACGCGAGCGGUACAGCUUCUCUUUCCUUAUUUUACACUUUUUAAUAUUUUUAAUCUAUUCAAUAUUUUCAAUCCCAAACGACGACAAUAAAUGCGGUUCGUUUACGCCACGACCGGCAUUAACGCUUUCGUGUGCGGCCCUCUCCCUUGGACUACGCAGAGAAAAGUGUACAAAGCGAGAGAACAAACUUUACUACGCCACACUCUCACCGAGCAGUCGGAGUACAGCAGCAAAACAAAAAUGUAUUCUACUGCUCUACGGGAAAAUGUACUCGGUCUGACUACCGUUCUGGCAAGAGCUGUAGUGAUGCGUCGCUGUAGCGGGCUGUACGGCUUGUGCAAAUAUAAAUAUACCGAAAAAAAUGUAGUUUACCAGUACCUUUGGCAUCCCUGCUCAUAUCAGUUUCGGAAAUUGUUGGGCCGAUUUUCACAAACUCAGUCCCAAAUGAUAGCUAUAUUAUCCCCACAGAUGUCUGUAAAAUUUCGCACGGAUCGCUUAUAUGGUUCCGGAAAUAUAGACUCAACUGUCCGGUCACAUAUGAAAUUCCCUUAUAAGCCGGAACUCAAUUUUUUUUCAAAGGGGGGACCCCAUGAAAUUUCAGAAAUCGAAUUCGUAUUUUUGAUGCCAAACAUCUUUAAAAUGCAUGAAACGUCGAGAUUUUAUGUUACCACGAAAAAAAUUUUUUUUAUAAAAAUCGACUAUUUGGGACUUUGCCGAUUUCGCACCUUUUUGCCUUUCUCAAUAGAAAGGUAUUGCAAUUGCUCUGAAAACCGACUUUUUAACGGAGGCCCGGAGGGCCGAGUGACAUAUACCAUUCGAUUCAGUUCGUCGAGUUCGGCAAAUGUCUGUGUGUGUAUGUGCGUCUGUGUGUGUACGCGAACACAAUCUCUCUCACUUUUAUCAGCGAUGGCUGAACCGAUUUUCACAAACUUAGUCCCAAAUGAAAGGUGCAACGUUCCCAUAGGCUGCCAUUUUUUUUAUUUCAAUUAUAGAAGUUUUAACCUUAAGGUCAUUCGCCUCUUCGGGUUAGAAAAAUCUCUUAGGAAAAAUUUCUAACCCUAUGUGCGGGGUCGGGACUCGAACCCAGGUGCGCUGCGUACAAGGCAAUCGAUUUACCAAUACGCUACGCCUACUCCCCAGGCUGCUAUUGAAUUUCUAAUGGAUCCGACCUCCGGCUCCGGAAUUACAGGGUGAUGAGUACGAUCACGCAGAAAAUGUCGAUUUUAAUAAAUUCUGCAAUGAAUGUAUAAUGGUGAAUUUUUUUCCAAAACUGCUUCGAUUUGGAGUACUAGGUCAUUAACAGCCAUUCAAAGUCUUUUUGGUCACAUUGGCCACCAUCAUCGGUUCCGGAAGCUUCGGCGGAAGUAUCCAAAUUCAGAAUAACAGUCCUAUCGGUUUCUCGGAAAUGGCUAGACCGAAUCAACCAAACUUUGUCUCAAAUGAAAGAUGUUGCGUUCCCGUAAAUGGCCCGUAAAAAACUCCGAUGAAAGCAAAAAAGUUAAAAAUUUCGCUAAAAUGUCUCAAACAACUUAAAUUUGCAGUUUUAGGUCACCGACGGCCAAACAAACUUUCGUUGACUACAUUGACCACCAUAGACGGUUCCGGAAGUGCCCGGGAAAAGCGGCCAUCUUUCAAAACUAGCAAACUCAUAUCAGUUUCUCGGAAAUGGUUGGGCCGAUUUUCACAAACUUAAUCCCAAAUGAUAGCUAUAUUAUCCCCACAGAUGUCUGUAAACUUUCGCACGGAUCGCUUAUAUGGUUCCGGAAAUAUUGACUGAACCGCCCGGUCACAUAUGAAAUUCCCAUAUAUAUGAUGCCAAACAUCUUUAAAAUGCAUGAAACGUCGAGAUUUUAUGUUAUCACGAAAUUUUUUUUAUAAAUAUCGACUUUUUGGGACUUUGCCGAUUUAGCACCUUUUUUCAGUUUAAUAUUACGGCGGCUUUUUUUUCUUUUACAAAUUUUUUUCCUUUACAAAAUUUUAGAACUCGAAUAAUGAUUUGUUUUCUUGUAUAUAGUUGUCAUAUAAUAAAAUGUAAUAUAUACAUUUGAAAGCUUUUAAUGAAUAUAAACAACGCAAACAUUCUCGUGUUCAUGAUUGAGAAAGACACAAUUGCACCGCUAGGUGCAUUAAAACAGGUUUUAUAUAUUGACCCUAGAUGAACUAUUCCUCAAAAUUGGGUUGAAAUCCAUGAAGGUCGAUUUCAAGUUUGCAUCUAUUUUUAAUUACCUCGCCUGAAAUGACCCAUAUAUUGAAAUUUUCAACCAGAAAACGAAAUAUUCCACACAAAUAUGGUUGUAAGUCUGUUCUAUCUAAAAAUACAUCAUUUGCUAAUAGUUAAAAAGUGCUUUCUAAAAUAGCGUCGAAAUAAAUUCAUGUUGGUACAGUUAUUUUGUGCGGUCCAAGUGAAAAUCAGGGAUAUCUAAUUAGAAUACUUCUAAAAAAGCUUGGCCAAUCUGCAAGUUGUGUUCACAGUGUUUCAAAUAAAUGAAAAAAAAUCUUAAGAACGACCAAAUGGAUUCGAUAGUGAGAUAAGAAUUCAGAAGGCCAGGCCUUUCUGUGUGCACUGUAGCUAGGAAGUUAUAAAUGUCAAAAGUAAACACUGCAAGGAAUAAAGUUAUUUAAGGUAGUGAUAGGCAGAAUGUGCAGGCUAAAUACUUAUUCGAACAUUUUUUCGUAGAUAUUUGACCAAAUUUACCUGCGUGAUAAUGGAUGAUGAAUCCCAGUACUCAGCAGACUAGCAGGUUCAUGGCAUGUUUUUCUAUACUGCAGUGUAACAAAAUGAAACAAAGUAAAUCUGAACGAUAGAGAAGCCUAAGUUUUUCAAGAAGUAUUUGUUUUGGCAUGAUUUUCAGAUUCAAGAUUCGCCGAAUUCUCCGGAGCUACGCACUAUCAGACGAAAUUGGGCUCUCGUGAUGAGAGAGCAGUCUAAAUGCCAACAGCAGGUGACAAUCAAAGAAAAAUACCAAAAAUUGUGAAACAAAGCAGCUAAAUUGACUAUCACUGAUUUUCGAUUGGGCUGCAGAAUAUAAUUUUUCUAACACGCACUUCUUGCGAUAUUUUCGAAAGCACCCUUCACAUCGUUUACAUCUUUGAGAGGUACAUAUUUCAUUUUUCGGUUGAAUAUUUUAAGAGAUUUAUGUGUUUUAUGUGGACAGAUUUUGUCGCGCACAAGCCUUAUUUACGUCAAUUGUCUUGGAUUGACCUGACACCAUACUAUUAGGACUAAAUACUUCAAUAAAUCGUAGACAUGCGUCCUAUGGCUACCUUUCUUGCAUAAGCUUCUACUGGCUGAAUACACUGUACCCGAUCUGCUAGCACAAAUACAUCUCUACGCGCCAACUCGUGUUCUUUAUCCUAACUACGCUACUAACAGUCUGAUUUUGGCAAUUUUCUACUCCAUAAUACAUUUGUCUCAUUCACAGUUUCGGUAUCGCUUAUUGCCAUCAAGAUAAGUAUGUGUAAUUUAGAACACAAGGGCAGAAGUUCGAUGGGACCCAUUUUAAAUACAAUUUUUAGAGCUCUCUAGAGAAGAGAUAACAUGGAAAGAUGUCGAUCACUGAGCUGCCCCGAAAAAGUAAGAAGAGUCCAGACUAUUGAAAGAUGAAACAUUUCAAUCUUGUUUCAGCGCAACUGUGCUAUUAUAACAACAUUUAUGUGAUGCUUAAUUAAAUUUGAUCGUUAUGAAUAUUACCUCACAUAUCCAAUUUACUAGAUUGUGUUUAAUUAAAGAUCAUAUUUGUUCUUACAAUUCAGUAAGAAAAUUGUUUUACUGAGACGAUUUCCAAACAUUUGAAUGCCAAACAAACUGCAAAAUGUACUCAGUAAUUUAAAUCCAGUGUGUAUGACUUCCGAGUAAAUGGCGUUACAUUUUUUAAAUGUUUUGUUAUUCAUUCUGAAUGGUGUUUUGAUAAAAACUAGAAAAAGCACAAAACAUAAAGUGAUAAUUACUCGAAGAAUCCUCGAGAUUUUUUUCAGAUUGUUAGAACUCAGACAUUCAUAAAAUGUGUGACAGAAGAUCCCAUAAAUCUUACAAUCCUCACGGAAUAAACAUUAAACAUUCUCCAGAUACUAUGAAAUUCGAUAGGAAUCCAAAUAGAAGCCCGCUCCUAUAGUAUAUGAACGUACUAUUAAACUAUAGUGUGAUAUUAAAUUUUAGAUAAAUUCGAUGUUAGUAGUUUGAAUCCAAAUAGUUGUGAGUCGAGCAGAACACUGAUAGAAUGUCAAAAUAAUUUAACGAUAAUCAAUACCUAGAAAACCUGAAUUUAAUGAAUAGAAAAGAAACUUCAAUGCUAAAAAUCACAUUUCACACCAAACUGAACUGUCACACUCGUGUUCCUUUAUCAGAUUUUUGAAGAGCAGAAGAUCGUUUACGAUAGUCUCGGUUGGUGCGAAAUGCGCAGCACGUUAUUUGGUUACACUCAUGCACAAAUAAUUUUAAGAAACAACACGGAUUUUUGGUGGAUUUUAUUUUCAUUAAUCUCAUUGAUAUUAAACCUUCAUCGUAAAAAAUGACUGUUUUUUCUUUUGGUAUACGUACAAAAUUUGUGCAUUCUUGUUAAUACUUUUUCGUUAGUGUCUACACACUUAUACAAAGUUAAUAUAAUUGAACUAUAAAAAUAAGCUUAAAACUAGCAGUGUAUCACACAAUACUAAAUGUGAGGAAGAAGAUACAAAGAAUAAAAAAAUAUUGGUCCAGUCACAAUGACAAAAAUUAAUCGCGGCAGAGAUUAUUUUAGCAUUCUAGAUUCAAAAUACGAGAAAAACCUUUAAAUGGGACUAUGUAACAAAAGAUGAACAUUAAAUAAAGUAAAUUAUAUUAAACAUUCUUGUCGGUAAAAUAUCGCUGGAGAAGUAUAUAACGUUUAUAAACAGUUUCUUGUUCGAAAUUGAUCGUCGCAUCUAAAUCCAUCUAGUCAGGUUUGAAUUUAUUUAGAAAAACUUCGAUUUGCGUUCCUGUUUUGAACCAGUUCAACUUACCAUGCUUCUGUUAGUUGAUUCCUGUGUAAAAAAAUUGAAUUUACAAUCCGUCUUCUUCUGAGUCAAAUUCAACUAGGUGUAUUUACUUCUGGAUGCAGGCAGCCAGAUCGAAGAUGUUGUAAGGGCAAAAUAACUUUUUCUAAUUUAUGAUACCAACGGCGAAAUGGACCGCAAAAGGACAAAGCAACAAUUUUCCGACAGAAUGACAAAUUUUGAAUACAAUUAAAUCUAACAAAUGUUUUAAAGACAACCAGUCAAAUAAACUACUAAUAAAACCCAGUUUGAAAAAAAUGUUACAAUGAAAA